AUGAUAGAAUUAUGGAUUUUGAGAGGAAAUAAACUCAAAUAAUAUAAAAAUACUGUUAUAGAAAUGAUUUAAUAAUUAUUUAUUCAGGUGUAACAUAAAGUUAUCCUUAGCCAAAAAUUUAGUUUACUUAUAGCUAAAUGGGCCAAGUAAUUUAUUUUUCAGAUUUUAAAUUAAAGAGUAUUUUGGAUUUGUUAGAAAUAACAGAGGAUGACGAUAUUGAUACUAAAUUGGCCGAAUUAAGAAUAUGAAGAUUUCAAAAUUUAAGAAUAUUUUAGUUAUUGUUUUAUAUUAAAAAGCCUAUUUAAUAACUUUGAGAGUUGUUAUUUAUAUAAAGUGUUAUCGUCUAGUUUAGAGGUUCAAAGAGAAAUAUUUCUUAAAGGAAACGAGAUGUAAUUAUUUAUUGGAGAGAUUCAGAGAUUUAGUCUUUUCUAAGGGAAUAGAAGGGGAAUAAUUCAAGUAAUAAUAUUUAAAUGA